CGUUCACUCAUUCACCAUUCACCAAUAUGUCUGCCUACCACCGUGUGUUUUCUGUUGUUAUUUUGUAUUUUACAUAAAGUUUGAAGCUGCGACGCGAUAAGUCCUUUGUUUACUAAUUUUAUUAGGCUCAAACAUGUUGCCUAUCCAUGAGUAACAAGGCUUCUACGUGACAAUGGUAUUAUUUAUAGACUUCAGUGAAGUUAAAUCUUGGAAUCAAAGUCAGUACGUUUGCAACUUCUACAACAAAAUAACAUGGAUAAAACCAAACAAGACAAAUGGGACGCUCUCGCCACGUUAAAGUCCUUUGAUUUAGGUAUAUCUCAUGACAGUCAGCAUGAGUCCUUCUUGCAUCAAAGAUCACAACAAAUAGAACUAAUAAACUCUGCGACCACCACGCCCAUCAGCCUGCUAGUCCAGUCGCUGGUACAGCAACUAUGCUCGCUGCUGGAGCAGGACCCGGCCCGCGCCGACCAGCUCUACAAGACCAUCUGCGAGAAGCUGCACAGCAUGAACCUCAUAGAUGACUCCUACGCCAUGGGAGAGUUUGAAGUCAUGAGGAGUCAGUAUCAAAGAGCCCUUUAUCAGCUUGUCACAGUCGCCAGUGGCUCGGAAAUACCAAUCACUCUCCCCGUCUCCUGGCCUAUACUGCAACCAUCUGGCCUAGAGUGGUCCCGCUACCACAGGGAGUUUGAAGAACUGUACUUCAUUGCUGGAGGCGGAUUCGGGAGUGUGUUCAAAGCUAAACACCGUCUAGAUGGUGUGGAGUAUGCAGUCAAGAAAGUAUUCAUAAGAUCUGCUGAUGUAGAUUCUAUCAUGACACAUUUAGCUGAAGUUAAAACAAUAGCAAGCCUCAAUCAUCCUAACAUAGUUAACUACAAAGCCGCUUGGUUAGAGCCAAUGAUACAGUCCACUAUUAAGAAAAAGAAGCGUAAAUAUCAGAUGGAAAUGGAUAAUGACGACAUCUCUUUUAGAAGCAAUGUCUCCGCUGCCUAUCCAAACUUUGUCACUUCAUUCAAGACUCACAACUCCAAAGAGCUAAUCAACAACCACAGCCAAUCAGAUUUCAUAAUCUCAUUCAAGAACUCCACUAGCCAAGACAAACAGAGUGUGUCCAGCGACAGUUUCGAAGACUCCGACUCUGAGGAUGAUCCAUCAACCACCGAAGAGAAUGCUCUGUGCCGUCUAUUGAAUCCUAAAGACUACGAAAACUGUUCCCGAGUCAACUUGAAAUGGGCGACUCUGUACAUCCAAAUGUCUUUUUGCCAGCAGACCUUGAAGCAAUGGCUGGAUAAUCGCAACAACCGCAUGGAUUUACGUCGAAAGAGUUCCACAGACCUUGGGCUCCACCACAGCGACUCCAAUGACGGUUGCUUAGACAGUCCUGUAGGCUCGGAGCUGAAUUACCCGGUAUCCUGGACGCAUAUCGACGUGCUCAUGGACAUGUUUACCCAGCUGGUGUACGGGUUACACUACAUCCACUCGCGCGGGAUCAUCCACCACGACAUCAAGCCCAGCAACGUGUUUGUUGCGCAGACGCAGAGCGGUAUGCAGGUCCAACUCGGUGACUUCGGGCUGGCGUGUCCGCUGCAGCAGUCGCACAGCGGGCUGGCGCUCGGCACGCACCUGUACGCCGCGCCCGAGCAGCUCGACGGACAGUGCAACCCGAAGAGUGACAUGUACAGCCUCGGCAUCAUCCUCCUGGAGAUGGUGGAGCCCUUCAGCACCGACAUGGAGCGAGUGAAGACCAUCACUGACCUCCGCAAGGGACAGAUACCGGCGCACCUCACAGCAAACUACCCAAAAAUAGCCCAUCUCAUUGGGAAACUAGUCCAAAGAAGACCUAGCAAGAGGUUAGACACGGCCCAAUUGCUGGAUGAACUCAAACGCCAGUCGGAAAACAAAGAUGAUACUAUAAAGUCGUUGCGGGAAGAACUAGCGGCGAAAGAUGACGAAAUUAGGAAACUGAAAAUGAUGCUUGCAAAACUUAACUAUCAACCGUGAAGUGUACUUAAUUAAUUACGUAAAUAAUAGUGUGUUUGCGUGUGUGCUCCUUUUAGUAUGUCGAAUAUACUGGAAUGGGUUUGAAUUUUA